UAUAUUUUGCUUUCUCGUCUAGCAAUAUUUUGAUUUCUUGAUUCGUGACUUUGUUUUCGAAGUAAACUUUGCCAAAAUUACAAACUUUAUUUUGUAGUUCUAGUUUUCGUCUAUCUUCAAUCUCAAUCAAGUCUGUUUUAAGGUCACAACCAUGAGUCCACCAAAAGGUUUCCAGUUCGCUAUAGACCGAGGAGGCACGUUUACGGACGUGUAUGCUCGGUGUCCAAGCGGCAAGGUGCGGGUCAUGAAGCUGCUGUCUGUGGACCCACAGAACUAUGAUGAUGCUCCGAGGGAGGCUAUUAGGAGGAUCCUCCAGGAGGAAACAGGCAACGCAUUAGACAAAGACGGCAAAGUCAACACGUCCCUGAUAGAGUCAAUCCGUAUGGGCACCACUGUGGCCACCAACGCAUUACUGGAGAGGAAAGGAGCCAACAUGGCGCUCGUCAUCAAUAAGGGGUUCAAGGACCUACUGUUCAUCGGCAACCAGGCCAGGCCACAUAUAUUCCAGUUGGACAUCAAAAGACCAAGCGUCCUAUACACCGAGGUCGUCGAAGUGGACUGUAGAGUCAUACCAGCUCUAGAAGACCGCUGUCAAAUGGACAAACCUGCACAAUGGCGUCAGGUCACAGGGACCACUGGAGAGAAGAUGCUGGUAGUCAAAGACUUGGAUGAGGAAGCUGUGAGGAAUGAUCUGCAGAGGCUGAGAGCGAAAGGGAUAGAGAGUAUUGCUGUUGUGCUCGCACAUAGCUACACCUAUCAUGACCAUGAAGUGAGGAUUGGGAAGAUUGCGAGCGAUAUAGGAUUUACCCAAGUGUCCCUCUCCCACGCCAUAACCUCCAUGGUGCGUCUUGUUCCGAGGGGACACACGGCGAGUGCGGACGCGUAUCUCACGCCUCACAUCAAGGAGUACUUGCGAGGAUUCUCACAGGGCUUCUCAGGGAGCCUGGAAGGAGCUAACGUGCUGUUCAUGCAGAGUGACGGAGGGCUGACUCCUAUGAAUCUGUUUAACGGUUCUCGGGCCAUUCUUUCGGGGCCCGCGGGUGGUGUGGUUGGGUACGCCAUGACGUCAUACCAGAAAGAGACAGGCUUGCCAGUUAUAGGUUUCGACAUGGGCGGUACAUCUACAGACGUGUCGCGGUAUGCAGGAUCUUUGGAACACGUGCACGAGGCCACCACAGCCGGCGUCACCAUACAGGCCCCACAAUUAGACAUCAACACAGUGGCCGCAGGGGGUGGAUCAAUGCUGUUCUUCAGGUCGGGGCUCUUCGUGGCGGGGCCCGAGUCCGCAGGGGCCGAGCCGGGGCCCGCCUGCUACAGGAAAGGAGGGCCCUUGACUGUCACUGACGCUAACCUGUUGCUUGGCCGCUUGCUCCCCGAGUACUUCCCUAAGAUAUUUGGACGCAACGAAAACGAGCCUCUGGACAAAGAUACAACCGUCGCAGCCUUCAAGAAGAUGACCGAUGACAUCAAUGGUUUCCUGAAAGAAGAUGGUGGAAAACAGAUGAGCAUGGAAGAAGUUGCCAUGGGCUUCAUCAAUGUUGCCAACGAAGCUAUGUGCCGACCGAUCAGAGCCCUUACCACGGCUCGAGGGCACGACGCGUCGCAUCACGCGCUGGCAUGUUUCGGCGGCGCGGGCGGUCAACACGCGUGCGCCGUGGCUCGACAGCUGGGGAUAGCCACUGUGUUAAUACACAAAUACGCAGGUAUACUAUCAGCGUACGGCAUGGCAUUAGCCCACGUAGUUCACGAGGCCCAACAGCCGUGCGCGGCGGUGUACUGUCCUGAGAGUUUCCAGCAGAUUGAUACACAGCUGGACGUGUUAGCGGCUGUCUGCAGGGACAAACUUAGAGCACAGGGCUUCUCGGACUCGCAAAUAGUGACGGAGCCGUAUCUACACCUGCGCUACGCGGGUACCGAUUGCGCGUUGAUGGUGGCGCCCUCUGCCGGCGACUCGCCUACGGCUUGCAAACACGGGGAUUUCUAUGCGGCUUUUGUGGACAGAUACAAGAACGAGUUCGGCUUCACGCUGUCAGAGCGAGACGUGUUGGUUGAUGACAUCAGGGUGCGUGGAGUAGGCAUGAGUCAGGUGCCCGAUGCCGUGGCGCCGACUAGUGGGAAAGGCACUAAACCGGUGGCGGAAAAGUCAGUGAAAGUAUACUUCGAAGGUGGAUACCAGGACACCCAGAUAUAUCUGCUGGAGAACCUUAAGCCCGAGCAGGAGAUACCAGGGCCUGCCAUCAUCAUGGACAGUCUGUCCACCAUACUUGUGGAGCCCAACUGCCGAGCUGAAAUAACCAAAUACGGUGACAUUCGUAUAACCAUCGGGUCGGGCAAACCUAAGAAAGUGACGGCUGACUUGGACUCCAUACAGCUCAGCAUAUUCUCGCAUCGGUUCAUGUCCAUUGCUGAACAGAUGGGCAGGGUGCUUCAAAGAACUUCCAUAUCAGUCAACAUAAAGGAGCGCCUAGACUUCUCGUGUGCCUUGUUCGGGCCAGACGGCGGGCUUGUCUCCAACGCGCCGCACAUUCCAGUGCACUUGGGUGCUAUGCAGGAGACUGUGCAAUAUCAGAUGAAGGUCCGCGGAGACUCCUUGAAGCCAGGAGACGUGUUGCUGGCCAACCACCCGAAGGCUGGAGGCUCCCACCUGCCGGACUUGACCGUCAUCACUCCAGUAUUCUAUGGCUCGAACCCGCGUCCAGUAUUCUUCGUGGCGUCCCGCGGGCACCACGCAGACAUCGGCGGCCUGACGCCGGGCUCGAUGCCGCCGCACUCGGCCGCGCUGGCGCAAGAGGGCGCGGCCUUCCGCUCGCUCCUGCUCGUGGACGGGGGGCGGCUCAAUGAGGAGCAGCUGGUUGAAGGACUCAUGAAGCCAGGCAAGGAACCAGGCUGCUCUGGGACAAGGAAUCUGGCUGACAACCUUUCAGAUUUGAAAGCACAAGUAGCUGCUAACCAAAGGGGUAUCCAACUAGUGGGUGAAUUGAUAGACCAUUACGGUCUGGACGUGGUUCAAGCGUACAUGACUCAUAUACAGAAGAACGCUGAGCUUGCGGUCAGAGAUAUGCUCAAGGAGAUAGCUAGGAACGCUCUUCAAAAGACUGGUUCCACCGUGCUGAAAGCGACCGAAUAUAUGGACAAUGGGACCCCCAUAGUACUCACGGUCACCCUUGAUGAGAAGCAAGGCAGUGCCGUCUGCGACUUCACUGGCACAGGGGUGGAAGUGUGGGGCAACUUGAAUGCACCUCGAGCGAUCACUCUGUCUGCCCUCAUCUACUGUUUGCGGUGCAUGGUCGGGCAUGACGUGCCUCUUAAUCAGGGUUGCCUGAACCCAGUGAAAGUAGUGAUCCCGAGCGGUUCCAUCCUGGACCCGUCAGACGGCGCGGCGGUGGUGGGAGGGAACGUCCUCACUUCCCAGAGGAUCGUGGAUGUCGUGCUGAAGGCUUUCCAGGUGUGCGCAGCAUCUCAAGGAUGUAUGAACAAUCUGACCCUCGGCGAAGAGAGCUGGGGUUACUACGAGACGGUAGCUGGUGGUAGCGGUGCUGGCCCCGGCUGGCACGGCGCGGGAGGCGUCCAUACACACAUGACCAACACUCGCAUCACGGAUCUGGAGGUGGUGGAGCGAAGAUACCCUAUGCUACUGACCGCCUUCAGUCUUAGACCGGGAUCCGGGGGCCGAGGUCGCUGGAAUGGAGGCGACGGUGUUAUCAGAGAGUUAGUCUUCCGUCGCACAGUGCAGCUCUCAGUAUUAACUGAGAGACGCGCCUUCCAGCCCUAUGGGAUGAAUGGAGGGGAGCCGGGCGCGAGAGGGCUCAACUUAUUGCAGCGGGCCGACGGCCGACUUAUCAACUUGGGAGCAAAGAGUUCUGUCGUGGCGUACCCGGGAGACAAAUACAUAAUGAACUCGCCCGGAGGCGGUGGGUACGGGAGACCCGACGCCACUACCGGUGACGCACAAACUGACAAACAAUACAGUGAGUUCCUCGAGAGAGGCAGCGUUUACGAGUACAGGAGUGCGCAGGAGUCGGUAUAAGUUUUUUUUUAAUCUACUAACUUUUACUUUUAUGCCAAAUAUUUUUUUAACUUGUUAAGUACAUAAAAUAUUUUACAGAUAUAAAAUAGAGUAGAAAAACCCUUUAUCAAUAAGA